CACAAGCCACGCUCUUUGCAAAUGCACUCCAGCACACGCAGAAAUGGAGACCAUGAACAGAGGCAAUGUUGGUCUUGGUGUGGAAAUCAGCCUGAUUCUAUUUUCUGUUGGUGUUGUGAGUACCUGUACUGUCUCUGUCAUGCAGCCAGGUUACCUAGAGGUGGACUACACUCACCAGGCUGUCAUCAUAGAGUGUAUCUUCUUCACAACUGAUUGUCCUUCAGAGAAACCAACAAGCCUGUGGUUCCGCUAUGGUGCGCACCAAACAGAGACUCUGUGCUUGGACAGAUGCAGCAGUGAGACAGACAAGUUUACAGUGACAGAGACCCUGGGCAAGAAUCAAGUCUCUCUCACCGUCAACAGGGUGGCUCCAAAUGACAGUGCAAUUUACAUCUGCGGAAUCGCAUUUCCUAGUGCAGUGGCACCAAGAGCUAAGCAGACUGGAAAGGGGACCAUGCUGGUGGUAAGAGAAAAUAAGCUUCUUAGCAAGGAAGUGCAUAGUCUCCUGAUAGUGCUCUUAGCACUGCUCUCCAUCUACAUCACUGGGGUAUGCGUGAUCUUCAUAGUCCUUUCCAAAUCAAAAUUCAACAUCCUAAGACACAAAAGAAACAAUGAAGACUUACAAAAGAAGAGUGCCCGGCGUGUGUUUCAGGAAAUUGCUCAAGAAUUAUACCGUAAGAGAUAUAUGGAAACAAGCCAACAACCUGAGAAAGAGGAUCCUUAUGAAAACAGAAGUGCACUCUCCGACCAGAAAAGACCCUAGACACGUCUACUUUUCAAUUAAGUCACUGAAAACUGACUCUGGAAGUUAUGGCAGUAAAUGGACACACCCACACACCAAUCAAGUCUUUAACAAACCAACCAAAUGAGGCUGGAGAUAUAGCUCAGCUGGUGAAAUGCUUGCCUAACGUGCACAAAGUUCUGGGUUUGAUCUCUAGCGCUGUAUAAACUGAGAGUGGUAGUGCACACCUGUAACAUCAUAGGCCAGGUGUGUGACGGCCGUUAGCUUCAAGAAGAUUUACAGUCAAUCAGCAUACCUCACUCCUGAAAGACAGAAAUGUCUGUGAGCUGUGGAAAUUACAGGACAACUAGACUCAAAUGGGAGGAGUAAACAGAAAGUAAAGUGCCAGAAUUUGAGUUAGAGAAACUCAUCUUUUAAAGUAUCUUGGAACAAAUAGUUUUUCUAAUAUAAUGUAACAAUGGUAUAGUAUACAUUUUCCUGCCAAAGAAUGCAAAAUAAUUUAAAUUAUGCCAACAAAAGUUCGACUAGAAUAGAAACUAGAGUAAGACCACAAGUACAAGAAAUCCAAAGCAGAUUAAAGAAAACCUCAGAACAAAUACACCACAGCUGACUCUAGAUGUCAGCGUUGUGCCAACAAAAAAAUACAGCACAAGCGAUAGAGAAGACCAGGCACUUAUUAACCAACUUGAAAGGGAAAUGCCACAUGGGGCCUGGCCUGGCACAGCAAAGCUAUUUAUGGUUUUCUUUACCAUUUCACUAAGAAAAUGUGCUAUGAACUGUUCUUUGAAAACUACUAAGGUGUAAGCAAUAAAGUGCUCAUUAGUAUGCAUUUAUCAUUAAAAAUGAAUCACAAUGUAUUUUUCAUUACGGUCUCUUUUAAAGUGAUAUUAAAUGAUGUGGUGGGUGCAUGUGUGCACAGGUGCCUGCUGUCACAGCACACAUGUAGAAAUCAGAGCAAGCCUGGGUGUAAGUCCUUCCCUUCCAUCUUGUUUACAAUAGGGCCUCGUUGUUGCUCACUGCUGCAUAAGCCAGGCUUAGCUGGUCUGGGAGUUUCUGGGGAUGCUCCUAUUUCUGCCUACCAUCUCACAGCAGGAGCACUGAAAUUACAUGCUACUGCAGCUGGCUUUACAUGAGUUCUGGGGAUCUGAACUCAGGGCCUCACCCUGGUGCAACAAGUACUUUUACCCACACUGAGCCACCUCCCUAGCCCAAGGCUUAUUCUUUUUAAACAUAGAUACAAUUUUAAAGUAUUUUAAGAUUUCUUUGGAAGAGUCUUACACUGAUGGCUCAAAUCAGUGAUACCCGACUUUUCUGCUACCAUGUGACCCCUCCCCCAUGGAAAGGGACAGGAAGGAGCAAAUAACCUCAUUUUAUUUGUGUGUGUACAUGUGUAUACUUAUGGUUGCCCAUGAGCUGUGUGGUAUAUGCAAAUAUGUGCAUAUGUUUGUAUCUUACACACAAAAAUAGAAAUAAAA